UGUUUCAGUGGUUGCAUCAGACGGCUUUGCUUUAUGACACCGUGCGCAGCUUUGCGGCAGCGUUUUCUGUGUGUGUUUGUUCCUUGCAUGCGGCGUUAGUCUGAGGUUUCUGCUCCUGGAAGAGAUGGAUACUCUAUAUGUGUCCUCCCACCCUGACGACUUCAGGAGCCUGCUGGUUCUGAUUGCGGCCCAGUACAGCCCAUCCAGCCCGCGCAUCGUCACGGAGGAGCCACCCGCCGAGGUGGCCCGCGCUCGGCCCACGCUGCGGGUGGCCGGGGACCAGAGUGCAGCACUAUUAGGUGCCGGCGCUGUGAGCUGGUACCUGGCCGCGCAGGGCAACCGGACGGGCCGUGGUGCCAAGCAGGAGAGCCAGGUUUGGCAGUGGCUGAGCUUCGCUGAAAAUGAGCUGACGCCCGUGUCCUGUGCCGUAGUCUUCUCCCUGCUGGGGGUGAAGGGCAUGGACAAAAAGAUGCAGCAGAGUUCUCGGACAGAGCUGCUGCGCAUUCUGAAGGUUCUGGAUCAGGUGUUGGAAUCACGGACAUACCUGGUUGGAGAGAAUGUGACACUGGCUGACAUGGCUGUUGCUAUGGCAGCACUGCUGCCUUUCAAAUAUGCCCUGGAGCCCAUGGACAGGAAGACGCUGGUCAACGUGAGUAGGUGGUUCGACACGUGUGUGCACCAGCCCCAGUUCCUCAAGGUGUUGGGAAAAAUCUCUCUGUGUGAGAAAAUGGGACCCGUGCCGCCCACGUCUGCCUCCGCUGCCAGUGCUGACGGCACCACUCCCAGCGGCGCUCCCGUCAGCGGUCCCCCCAAGACGGAAGCCCAGCUGAAGAAAGAGGCCAAAAAGAAAGAGAAGCUGGAGAAGUUCCAGCAGAAGAAGGAGAUGGAGGAGAAGAAAAAGCAGAUGCAGUCUCAGACUGAGAAGAAGGCCAAGCCAGAGAGGAAGGAGCUGGGCGUGAUCACGUACAACGUCCCCACCCCGGCCGGAGAGAAGAAAGAUGUGCUGAGCCCUCUGCCAGACUCUUACAGCCCCCAGUACGUCGAGGCGGCCUGGUACCCCUGGUGGGAGAAGCAGGGCUUCUUCAAGCCUGAGUACAGGCGGAAGAACAUCAGUGAGCCUAACCCACGUGGAGUCUUCAUGAUGUGUAUCCCUCCGCCUAACGUGACCGGGUCUCUCCAUUUGGGCCACGCCUUAACCAACUCCAUUCAGGACUGCCUGACCAGAUGGCAUCGCAUGAGGGGCGAGACGACGCUGUGGAACCCCGGCUGUGACCACGCCGGCAUCGCCACCCAGGUGGUGGUGGAGAAAAAGCUGAUGAGGGAGCAGGGCGUCAGCCGCCACGACCUGGGCCGCGAGCGCUUCGUCCAGGAGGUCUGGAAGUGGAAGAACGAAAAAGGUGAUCGUAUCUACCACCAGCUGAAGAAGCUCGGCUCUUCCCUGGACUGGGACAGAGUGUGCUUCACCAUGGAUCCUAAGCUGUCGUUCGCAGUUCAGGAGGCCUUCGUGCGCUUGCACGAGGAGGGUGUGAUCUACCGGAGCAAGAGGCUCGUCAACUGGUCCUGCACGCUGAACUCUGCCAUCUCUGACAUAGAGGUGGAUAAGGGGGAGCUGGCGGGCAGGACUCUCCUCCCCGUGCCGGGAUAUAAGGAGAAGGUGGAGUUCGGAGUGCUGGUGUCCUUCUCCUACAGGCUCGAGGGCUCAGACGAGGAGGUCGUCGUGGCGACCACCCGUAUCGAGACCAUGUUGGGAGACACGGCCGUGGCCGUUCACCCCAGCGAUCCCAGAUACCAGCACCUCAGAGGGAAGGUGGCAUUCCACCCCUUCUGCGACCGCAGACUGCCCAUCGUGUUCGACGACUUCGUGGACAUGAACUUUGGAACAGGUGCGGUGAAGAUCACGCCGGCUCACGACCAUAAUGACUACGAGGUGGGCGAGAGGCACAGUCUUCCCUUCAUCAACAUCUUGGAUGAGAAUGGCUUCCUCAUCAACGUUCCUCCUCCAUUCCUGGGCAUGAAGCGCUUUGAGGCGAGGAAGGCCGUGCUGCAGGCCCUGAAGGACAGAGGCCAGUUCAAGGAGAUCAAAGACAACCCGAUGGUGGUGCCUGUGUGCAGUCGGUCGAAGGACAUCGUGGAGCCACUGCUGAAGCCGCAGUGGUACGUGGACUGCACGGAGAUGGGCAAGCAAGCGGCAGAUGCAGUCCGGAGCGGUGAGCUGAGGAUUCUUCCGGACCACCACCUCAAAACCUGGUUCAACUGGAUGGACAACAUCAGGGACUGGUGUAUCUCUCGGCAGCUGUGGUGGGGUCACAGAAUUCCUGCAUAUUUUAUUACAGUGAACGACUCCUCAGUCAAACCCGGAGAGGAUGUCGACGGUCAUUACUGGGUCAGUGGGCGGUCCGAAGAAGAAGCCAAAGAGAAAGCUGCCAAACGCUUCAAUGUCACCAUGGACAAAAUCUCCCUGCGCCAGGAUGAGGACGUCCUGGAUACUUGGUUCUCCUCUGGAAUCUUCCCUUUUUCCAUAUUUGGAUGGCCAAAUGAAAGCGAGGACCUGAGUGUGUUCUACCCAGGCACACUGUUGGAGACGGGGCAUGACAUUCUCUUCUUCUGGGUGGCACGCAUGGUCAUGAUGGCCCUUAAACUCACAGGCAAACUCCCAUUCAAAGAGGUGUAUCUGCACGCCGUGGUACGGGAUGCCCAUGGCAGGAAGAUGAGCAAAUCUCUGGGGAACGUCAUCGAUCCGCUAGACGUGAUCACCGGCAUCUCGUUGGAGGGUCUCCAUGCUCAGCUGAAGGACAGCAAUCUGGAUCCAGUGGAGACUGAGAAGGCAAAGCAGGGACAGAAAUCGGACUACCCCGGGGGAAUCCCAGAGUGUGGGACGGAUGCUCUCAGGUUUGCCCUGUGUGCCUACACCAGCCAAGGGAGGGAUAUUAACCUGGAUGUGAACAGGAUCCUGGGCUACAGGCAUUUCUGCAACAAGCUGUGGAACGCCGUGAAGUUUGCCAUGAAGACUCUAGGUGAGGGCUUUGUGCCCUCGGAGGAAGCCCAGCUGUGUAGUGAUGAGAACGUGAUGGAGCGCUGGAUCUUGUCCCGGCUGUGCGCCGCCGUCAGCCUGUGUGGGAACGGCUUCCAGGAGUACGACUUCCCUGCUAUCACCACAGCGACCUACAACUUCUGGCUUUACGAGCUGUGCGACAUCUAUCUGGAGAGUAUCAAGCCCGUGUUCAGCAGGACGGAUCCCGAGGGCCAGACACAGGCAGAUGUGUGCAGACAGACCCUCUACACCUGCCUGGAGGUGGGGCUCCGCCUCCUGUCUCCCAUCAUGCCCUUCGUCACCGAGGAGCUUUUCCAGCGGCUGCCGCGGCGACGCCCUCAGGACUGCCCCCCCAGUAUCAGCGUCACAUCUUACCCAGAGAGCUCAGAGUUCUGCUGGCACAGCGAAGAGCUGGACCGGCAGAUGGAGCUGGUGAUGACCGUGGUCAGAACGAUCCGAUCACUCCGGGCCGACUACAACCUGACCAAGACGCGCGCUGACUGUUAUCUGCAGUUCAUAGACGCUGCUACAGCGUCUCUGGUGGAGAAAUACAGUCUGCAGAUCCAGACGCUCUCCUACUCCCAGGCAAUCCACCCCAUCACCGCGGACGACAGCAGCAUCCCAGAGGGCUGUGCGGUAGCCAUCGCAUCCGACAAAUGCACCGUCCAUCUCCUGUUGAAGGGCCUGAUCGACGUGGAGAAGGAGCUGGCCAAGCUGCAUGCGAAGAGGGCUGAGCUGGAGAAACAGCUGGAGAAGCUUCAGGAGAGGACUGAGAAGAGCGACUACCUCGAGAAGGUUCCGGCGAAGGUGCAGGAGCAGGAUGCCGAGAAGCUGAAGCAGAUUCAGACAGAACUGCAGAAAGUGAAGGAAGCAACAGAGAACUUCAGGAGAAUGUUAUAACCGUCCUGCGUUUGGUUUUCGCACUGACUGCUGGAGCUGUUUGUCUCUGCUGCGUAACUGAAGUCCUUAAGUGGAACCCUCAUUAAAUCUCGAUAUUGGCUCACA